AUGCAUCGCCUGGUAAUCGGAAAAGUCCAGGUGCUUGGGGUAUUAGCAACAAGCUCCAUAAAAAUCUAUCACGAGUUGACUGCAAUCCAGGUCACUGACGUUGAGGGCCGGAUUGUUCCCAACGAACAUAUCCACAAGAUCAGCACGGACGUCAUGCUCACGAAGCUCGUUCGUAGUAUCAGCGUAUCUCCUCCGCAAGUCGAAUUCCUCUUGGCUCGACUUGCAGACGUCACGCACAAGAACCGCCCUGGAUAUGCAUGCGCCUGGUGCUUCUAUUAUGAGUUGGACAAGACGGCCGCGGUUGUGUGGGUCUCCAUGGUCAUGCUGGUCGCUCUGACCGUCGGUCUGGGUGUCGGGUUCGGCACCGGGGAUGGGAAGUUGGGACUUGGUGUUGGAACAGGUCUGCUCGCGGCGUACAUGCCAAUCCAUGGUGCCCUUCUCUUCAGGUUUAGCUAG